GUUCAACAUUCAAGAAGAAGAUCCUCAAGCCCCGCAGCGGCUUCCGUAGUACACAGACCAUCAACAACAAGGCGAGGGUGGCAGAAAAACCUCCAAAACCUGAACCAGGAGGGGCAAAAUGCCUCGAUAUGCGCAGAUAGUGAUGGGCCCGGCGGGCAGCGGCAAGAGCACCUACUGCUCCACCAUGAUCCAGCACGCCGAGGCCGUGAACCGCUCCGUCCAGGUGGUGAACCUGGACCCGGCCGCCGAGCACUUCGACUACCCGGUCAUGGCAGAUAUCCGUGAGCUGAUCCAGGUGGACGAUGUGAUGGAGGACGACUCCCUCAGGUUUGGCCCGAACGGCGGCCUCGUCUUCUGCAUGGAGUACUUUGCCAACAACUUCGACUGGCUGGAGGAGAGUCUGGGCCACGUCGAGGACGACUACAUCCUGUUCGACUGCCCAGGUCAGAUCGAGCUGUACACACACCUGCCCGUGAUGAGGCAGCUGGUGGAGCAGCUGCAGCAGUGGGAGUUUCGGGUGUGUGGCGUCUUCCUGGUGGACUCGCAGUUCAUGGUGGAGUCGUUCAAGUUCAUCUCGGGAGUCAUGGCGGCCCUGAGCGCCAUGGUGUCAUUAGAGAUCCCUCAGGUCAACAUCAUGACCAAAAUGGACCUGCUCAACCAAAAGGCCAAGAAGGAGAUUGAAAAAUACCUGGACCCCGACAUGUACACCAUGACAGAGGACAACUCUGACACCUUCAGAAGCCAGAAGUUCAAGAAGCUGACUAAAGCCAUAUGCGGUUUGAUCGAUGACUACAGCAUGGUGAGAUUCCUGCCUUUCGAUCGCACCGACGAGGAAGGAAUCAACAUCGUCCUGCAGCACAUCGAUGCCUCCAUACAGUACGGAGAAGAUCUGGAGUUCAAGGAGCCAAAGGAGGUUGAUGAAGAACCCAGCAACGCGAAUUAUGAUGAAUUCUUUCAAGGCUGAUGUGACUCCAAAGAUGUUGAGAGAGACAAAAAAAACAAAAAACACUGUGCAGGGCAUGAGGAGGUCGAAGAACAACAGGAAGAAUCCAGGAGCUCAAAUUUCCUUCCAAGUCCAAGUGGAGAGUCGAGACGUGACCUAAAUCCAAGCCAUGCCGUGAAAGAGACUUUGUGUGGUGUGUGUGCAUGUGUGUGAGAGCGCCGAGAGAGACAGGCGUUCAUUUCCGACACUGAUUAUCACAAUUAUAGCCGUCAGACCUGCAGCGGACAUCAUUAUCCAUCUGAGCGAGGAGCAAAUCGUGUCAGAUCCCGCUCCGCUCUGCACCGCCUCGCCUCUCCUCUCCCAGCCACAGUCAGGCCUGUGCUUGCUAACGUUGACACCGCAGAAAAGCUCAUGAGAUGACAUUUUUUUUUUGAUGUUUUACUCAAGGAUUAGGCUGCUCCAACAAAUGCAUGUGAAAAAUCAAGGUUAAAAAACUGGGGAACAGCAGGAUGUCGAAGAGGAAGGUGGUAACUUUUUAGUUACAAGCAGAGACUCUACCUUCAUAGUGGAAUCUAAAAAUACACAUUUCCAGAAAACAAAAUACAUACACAACAAAUUAAAUGAAGAACUAUAGGUAAUAUAAAAUAUGAUAAGUCAACAGGGGUCACACUUGCAGAGUCAUGUGACCCGUGGAUACUAGAUGCUAGUAGCUUAUCCUUUUGAAGUGGAAAACGUCUGUAAAAUACCACUAAUUUUCUAUGGCCUGUGUAUUUAUAACUCUAGGGAAGGAGUUUUAACAAACUGCUGCUAGAUACAUGAAUAAAUUAUUUCAGCAGAUUGGACUGUGGACCGCAGUCAAGUUGGAGCGUGUGGAAAAAGUUAGCAAGCAUGUGCACCAUUUAUUUUCAUAACUAUUUUCAUAAAUAAUCUCGCCUGUUUUUGUGUCUCAGAAAAAUGUGUGUUUGUGACUUCAGAUUAUUAUUCAGUUUUGUUUUGUUUUAAGAGACAUUUUAAAGUUUGAAGAGCUGUUAUUCAGUGCAGUUAUCAAUGAUAUAUUUUUUUAAAUAAAUAAAAAAACAA